CAGCUCUUUCCGGGUAGCAAGGGGAAGAUAGGUUGGUUGACGGAGAUCUUUUUCGCUAGUCCUUAGCAGAGGAUUAGGGUGCAGGUUGGGCGAUUGGAGAUUUCCGUGAGAAGAAGAUAGCCUUGAAACAGGUGGACAAGGUGGAUUAGAUCGACGAAGAAUGGGAAUCGUUAGCUGGAAUUGUCGUGGUUUGGGGAAUUUGGUGAGAGUGCAGGUCCUGAUUGAUAUGGUGUAGUCUAAGUGGCCAAGUAUCCUCUUCCUCAUGGAAACUAAGGCUCAGCGAGAGAGAUGUAAAGUUGUGCAAUCACAGUUGGGAUACAAAAACACGUUCGUAGUGGAAAGUGAUGGCCGUAGUGAAUGUUUGUGUAUCCUCUGGCUAGACGGGGUUGACUUGGAAGUGGUUUAUUCUGUGGUCAACUAUAUAGACUGUGUAAUACGAAUGGAUGUUGAUGGACAAUCUUGGCAUUUCAGAGGCUAUUAUGGGUAUCCAGAGAGGCAUAGAUGGCGGGACUCCUGGGAAUUGAUCAAGAGGCUAUCCAGGGCAUCUGAUAAACCUUGGCUCAUUAUGGGAGAUUUUAAUGAUAUUUUGUUUGAAAGCGAGAGGAGAGGUCUGCUACCCUAACCACAAUGGCUGAUGCGUGGUUUGUGGGACUCGGUUUGGAGUAGUGGGUUGUGUAAUGUCCCGUUUGAGGGUUAUCAAUGGACCUGGGAGAGGGGAAGGGAAACAAUAAGAUGGAUUUAGGAGAAAUUGGAUAGAAUUCUUGCUAACGAGGAUUAAACUUGUUCGGUGGCUACUCAGGACAUCCCUAGAAGGCCUUACAAGUGAUCAUCUUAUGCUAUAUAUUCAUAUCAGUAGGGAUGAUCUACACCAGAGAACAAAAACCUUUAAAUUUGUGAAUGUCUGGUUGCAAGAGGAUGAAUGUAGAGAGGUUGUACAGCGAGCUUGAUUUAGCUCAAAUAAUCUGGCAAUUUGGCAACUGCUAAAAGGUUGUGGGAUGGAGCUUGAAUUAUGGAGCAAAAAGAGAAGAGUGGGGUUUCAAACUUGGAUUGAGAUAUGAAAGAGCAGACUGACGACUUUAAAACGAGAGGGAGGGAGAUGGAAUGCGGCGGAAUUUCAGCGGGUGAAGAACAUACUGGUGGACCUAUUACAGAAACAAAAUAUUUUCUGGAGACAACGGGCCAAAGAAUUUUGGCUAAGAGAUGGAGACAGGAACACAAAGUUCUUCCACAAUGUUGUGAAACAACGCCGGAGACGAAAUAAAAUGAAAGGGUUAUUGCUACCUAGUGGUGAAUGGGAAAGAAAUCAAGAAAGAAUGAAUAAUUUGAUUAAUAACUAUUAUCAAGACUUGUUUAAGUCUAACGGUGCUAGUGCGAGAGUAGAUUUGUUUACAGGGGUGGAACGCGUUUCAAGAGAGCAGAAUGAAAAUUUGAUGUAGCCAAUAACGACACUGGAGGUGAAGAGGGCAACUUUUGCUAUGCAUCCGAACAAGGCUUUGGGGCCGGACGGGUUAAAUCCGGGAUUUUUCAGGACUAAUGGGACAUUAUGGGGGAAGAUAUUGUCAGGUAUUGUCAAAAAUUGUUCACUGAGGGACAAGUUCCAAGAGAGGUUAAUCGUACAAAUCUUAUCCUUAUCCUUAAAAGGUAAACCAGAAACUCUUGGUGAUUGGCGACCUAUUGCGUUGUGUAAUGUAGUUUAUAAGAUUUAUGCAAAAGUAUUGGCUAACAGAUUGAAAGGCACUUUAAAAAAUGUAGUUUCAAUUAAUCAAAGUGCUUUCGUGCCGGGUAGAUCAAUUUUGGAUAACGUUAUGGUUGCGUUUGAGUCCCUACAUUUCCUGAAAAAGAAAAGGCAGGGAAAGGACGGACUUGCUGCUCUUAAACUUGAUAUGAGUAAAGCUUACGACAGAGUUGAAUGAGGCUAUUUGGAGAUGGUUAUGCGAGGAAUGUGGUUCGAGGAUAGAUGGAUCAGAAGAAUAAAGUCUUGUAUUGAAUCAGUGGAGUACUAUAUUCCGGUCGCAGGAGGUGAGGUGGGGCCGAUCACCCCACAAAGAGGACUAAGACAAGGAAAUCCAUUGUCACCUUAUUUGUUCAUCUUUGUUGCUGAGGGAUUGAGCGGCCUCAUACGACGUCAGGAAGCUGUAGGAAAUAUUGUGGGAGUUGUUGUUGCUAGGCAGGCACCAGAAGUCUCUCAUUUGUUUUUUGCUGAUGAUAGCUACCUCUUUUUCAGGACUCAGAACAGGGAGUGCAAGGCGGUGAAAGGGCUGCUACAGGAGUAUGAAUUAAGUUUGGGACAACAAGUAAAUUAUAGUAAAUCUUCUAUCAUGUUCAGUCCUAAUGUGAGUGAGGAGACAGGGGAUAGUAUUUGUAACCAACUAGGUGUUUUACGGGAGGGGGCCUCUUCUCGUUACUUGGGGCUCCCGUCACUUAUAGGGCGGUCCGACCAAAUAUUUUACCUACCCAAUAGUGAAAUCCUGCAAAUAAAGCAUAAACGGCUCCCAUCAAAUCGCGAUAAGUUGUGGAAGUAGACUGUUUGAAUUGAUGGCGACUUUCUGUUCAGCACGCUAGCUUGGCUUAUGGCUUUGCUCCUUUUCUUUAAAAGAGAAUUGUGAAGAAGUUGCAAAGCUGGAACAACAAGUUUUUGUCAAAGGCUGGAAGAGAGAACAUGCUGAAAACAGUUAUCCAAGCUGUAUCGACCUAUGCAAUGAAUGUUUUUUUAUUUCCAAAGGAAUUAUGUGCUGAAAUAGAGAGGAUUAUGAACGGCACUGCCUACUGGUGGCAUGGCAAUGAUAUGACGGGUCGGGGAAUUCGUUGGAAAUCUUGGCAGUCACUUUGUAAACCAAAGGAGAAAGGUGGACUAGGAUUUCGGCCCUUGAGAUACUUUAAUCUUGCCAUGUUGGGAAAGCAAGCUUGGCGAUUAAUUACUAAUCCGGAUUCUUUUGUUGGAGAUGUUAUGACGAAAGGGCUAAGGAGGAGGAUUGGAAACGGGCAUAGAGUCUCUGUUUGGAGAGAGAAAUGGCUACCGGGAGAUGGGGACGACAAGAUUAUCACUCCGCCGCCGGCGGGCAUUGCUGACAUGAAUGUGGCUGCUCUUAUGACGGAGGAUGAUCGGACCUGGAAUUUUGACCGCAUCAAUAACCUUUUUUCAGUGGAGGAAAGAAAUGUCAUCUUAUUGAUACCAGUGAGCAGGAAGAAGACAAGUGAUGGGUUUUUGUGGCAAGGAGAUCCCCGAGGGAUCUACACUGUUAAAAGUGGAUACCGGAUGAUUAGAGGCUGACAAUCGAAUGGAAUAUGAAAAGUCGAAGAAUAUAUCGGGUGAGAGUGAGAGACUCGAAUACGGGCGGACGACACCUUUGAUUCCUUGAGAACCAAGCAGGUAAGGCGGUGAGUGGUCAGUCGCACUCCUAAUUGAGUAGCGGACUGCAAGCUUUAUGUAUCGGAAUUAUCGAAUACCUUUACUAUUACUAAUUGUUUUAGUUGAUUUUAGGGAUUUUCAUUUUUCAGAUUAAUUGUUUUACUCCGGUAUUAUUUUAUUACUCCAUAUUUACUUUUAGUGCUUUAGUCUUUUUAUAGUCGGCCAGGGCAGUAGGGCCUAGGGACCAAGGCUAUAUUAUUAAUAUGUUGAUAUAUUGAAAUAAAAUAUGAUGUUUGUACUCACUCUUAUACAGACGUGUAUACC